AUGAUGGCAACCUUGAAAUGUGCCGCCCCCGCUCUAUCAGAACUCAAUACAGAUCAAAAUGCGGCCGUUCAUCGCUGUCUGUCCAAUUCAGAGUACACAUGCAUUCUGGGCAUGCCAGGGACAGGGAAGACCACUACCAUUGCGCAGCUGAUCAAGUCACUGGUGGCGCAGGGCAAGAGUGUGUUGCUUUCCUCGUACACGCAUACAGCAGUGGACACCGUCUUGUUGAAACUCUUGGAACUGGGCGUAG